AUGAGAUUUAUUACUUUAUCAUUUGCGACUUUAAGUUUGUUGGUUGAAGUUUCCCACCAAUUGGUCUUGAACGAAGGAAAGGAAGGAGGUUACCCGAUUGAGCCUGCCGCUGAAUCAUCAAGAUUCGAUCCAUACUCAAAUGUGACUCCAUUGAGCAAAAAUUCGAGCUCAACUACUGCCAACACCGUGCAUAGUUCAACCACACUGAUUGAGCCAUUGUCUUCUUCCACCUCCAAAGGAGUUGCACCAUCUAAUAAUGUGUUCGUACUUGAUUAUUGGAUAAUUUUUCUAAUCUUAUAG